AACGAUAGCAUUGUCAACAUGCUAAGCAGCUGGGUCAGCAUGUAACAAGAACGGCAAAAAUUAACACGCUAGAUUUAGUUAGUUUUGUCACUUUUCUGUCAAAUUCAUCAGCGUCAUGUCGUCACAUCUUGCCAAAAACUGCACUUCUUAUCCGUACCUCCUUAGCAGCACCAGACGUUAUAGCUCAAAUGGCUUCUGGACUAAACCUUUGAACUUUAUCGCCGGGGAAAGGGUACGGCCCACCAACGACAACAGAAGCCAAGACUUCUCCGUGGUUGAGCCUGCAACAGGUAAAAUACUUUGUGAGAGCCCCAGUUCCGGGAAAGCAGAUGUAGACAGGGCUGUGAAAGCUGCCCAAGAAGCCUUUCAGAUUUGGUCACAAGUACCAGCCAUCGAGAGAGCCAGGAUCAUGCAAAAAACAGCUCGAAAACUUGCAGAUAAUCUAGAGGAUUUUGCCAGACUAGAGGUCACCAAUAACGGAAAACCAAUCUGGGAAGCCAGAUGUGACAUUCAGUCUGCCAUAGAUGCUAUCGAUUUUUAUGCAGGACUGGCACCAUCUAUGACUGGGCAGCACAUUCCCUGCCCUGGUGGGUCCUUUGCAUACACCCGUCGGGAACCCCUGGGGGUAUGCGUGGGUAUCGGUGCAUGGAACUACCCUAUUCAGAUGGCGGGCUGGAAGUCAGCUCCAGCCCUAGCCUGUGGGAACACCAUGGUCUUUAAACCCUCCCAGUUCACUCCAGCCACUGCAUUGCUGUUGGCAGAAGUCUAUGCAGAUUGUGGUUUGCCCAAGGGUGCAUUCAAUGUGGUGCAGGGUGAAGGAGAAACAGGUCAUUUCUUGACCAGCCAUCCUGGGGUCAAGAAGGUCUCAUUCACAGGGAGUGUGGCUACUGGUAAACUCAUCAUGAAGAGCUGUGCUGAUGAUAUCAAAUCUUUGACCCUUGAACUUGGAGGGAAAUCCCCUCUGCUGAUCUUCAGCGAUGCAGAUCUAGACAAUGCAGCCAAAGGGGCAGUCAUGGCCAACUUUCUCACACAGGGAGAGGUUUGCAGUAAUGCGACUAGGAUAUUCGUGGAGCGAAGCAUCAAGGACGAGUUUGUGAAGAGAUUCAUCGAGAGGACCAAGAAGAUGAAGAUUGGUGAUCCUCAUCUGGAGGACACCACCUUUGGAGCUCUGAUCUCUAAGGCUCACCAGGACAAAGUCAUGGGGUACAUUGAAGGGGCCAAGAAAGAGGGUGCCACCAUUCUUUACGGGGGUGAACGUGUGACACCAGAUGACCCCGCCCUGGCGGACGGCUUCUACAUCUUGCCCACGAUAAUGGACAAUGUCACCGACGACAUGGUCAUCUCACGGGAGGAGGUCUUUGGUCCGGUGGCGACGAUCAUGACCUUUGACACGGAGGAAGAAGCUGUGACGAGAGCCAAUAAUACUCAGCUGGGUCUGGCAUGCGGCUUGUUUACAAAAGAUGUGCAAAGAGCACACCGAGUGGCAGCUCAACUGGAAGCGGGAAACUGCUGGAUCAACAACUACAACAACCUUCCACCCGGGGUGCCCUUUGGGGGCUACAAGCAGUCCGGUCUAGGCAGGGAGAACGGGACUGCAACCAUAGACCAUUACACCCAACUCAAGACAGUGUAUGUGGAGGCGGGUGAUGUGGAUUGCCCAGUGUGAAUGGAGCAGUAUAGAUGAACAAAGAGUUCAUAUGUGAACAGGUCAAUUCCUUGUGCGCCUGGCAGAAGGAUAUGAAAGGAUGUGCAGACGCUGAAAUUUUAUUUCAGAAGAAAAAAAUUAACAACUAUUUUUUUACUUCUGGUACAUCUAUGCAAAAGAGUUCAUUUGUUCACAUCGUCCAAUUUGCUAAUAAUGGCUAUAUUACACUUCAGAAAAUAAUACUUCUGAAAUAAAAAAUUAACAAUUUAUAAAUUUAACC